GCUCCUGCCUCAAACUUAUAAAGUUUCUGUUUACAGCUGUUUUCUAGUUCUGCUGUCAUUUAUUUGUUUUAUUUCAAUGACAUUAACAGAAGCAUUACGACACGUCAUUGUACCUGAGUAUAAAAACAAUAAAGAUCAUUCAAAUCUGACUUCAGUAAAAUCAUCACAGCAGUCUGACGCGCUGAACCAACUUCAGCAGCUACAGAGAAGCUGCUUUGUUUCAAACAGGCUGUGAAUCUGCUGCCUGAGCAACGGUAACUAAGGGGCGGGGCGAGACGCCGUGACAUCGCGAGAACACUCCGCGGGAUCCCGCAGCGCUCCUGUAUCUCAGCCUGAAGAGCUCCGAGACCAGAAUCCAGACUCAGUCCAGGACAACACGGUCCACCAGUCACAGCGGAGACCUGCAGGACGAUGGAGAACCAGAACCCGGACCACAGGAGCCAAACAGCAGCCUCGUGCUCUGAUAGCGCCGAUGUUCAGAAACGGGGAGGAAGAGAGGGACUCAAACGUCACCACUGUCAGCACUGUGACAAAUACUUCACAAGAUCUGGAUAUUUAAAGACUCAUCAGAGACUUCACACUGGAGAGAAACUGUACUGGUGUGAACAAUGUGGUAAACCUUUCACUCAGUCAAGUAACCUAAGAAUCCACCAACGUGUUCACACUGGAGAGAAACCGCACUGGUGUGAACAAUGUGGAAAAACUUUCACUACAUCAGGUCACCUAAAAAACCACCAACUUGUUCACACUGGAGCGAAACCGCACUGGUGUGAACAGUGUGGGAAAACCUUUACUCGAUCAAGUGGCCUAAAAGAUCACCAACGUGUUCACACUGGAGAGAAACCGUACAGCUGUGACCAGUGCGGGAAAACUUUCGCUCAAUCAGGUUACCUAAAAACCCACCUGCGUGUUCACACUGGACAGAAACCGCACUGGUGUGAACUGUGUGGGAAAACUUUUGCUCGAUCAGGUAUCCUAAAAAAGCACCAACGUGUUCACACUGGAGAGAAACCAUACAGCUGUGACCAGUGUGGGAAAGCUUUCACUUGCAGUCGUUCCCUAAAAAGACAUAAAAGCAUUCACACAGCAUCGUUUUAAGCUAGCUCUUUCCUCCUUCCUCUCCUCCUCAGUACAACCACCUGUGUAAUGUGAUUGUGCUGGACUAACAUCAUGUAAUGACAACCAAGAAGUUGGAUUUGCUGAAAGAGUAACUACACACUAGGGCCUGACCGAUAUGGGUUUUUGGGGGCCGAUGCUGAUAUUAAAAUUAAAAAAAAUAUAUUUAGAUUUUUACAAUUACAUGUUUCAACGUAACAUUAAACAGACUGCUGUGACACAGGAGGAAGUGAAAAACGGGAGCAAGUCAUAAACGUUUUCAGGACAGGAGAGGUGAUUUUAUUAUUAUUUAAGUCAAAUGAUUAACGUGAAAAAAACUGGUAAGACGGUAACACGGCUACGUUCCCUUCUUGUUACUGUGUGCUCCAGAAGACUCCGGUCAGCUGAUUGUUUUCUAUUGUGGUGUACCAGUGUUUUGAACAACGAAGCUGCAGAGUGCCCUCUGUUGGGCAAAAUAUGCAACAACCAUGAUGCGAGUGAAGGAUCUGACUGUUUUUUAAUAGUCCAAAAAUCACCAAUGCCAAUUUAAAUGCCAUUAGCUCAUAUCGGCGUGCUCUAAUACACACCCUGCUUCUGCGAGCUCCUUGUAGAACCCAGUAAUGUAGUCACUUCCUGAUGUCAUAACUCCCAAUAAUGUAAUAAAAACUAACAAUGAUGAUAUUUUAGAGUUUGACAAAAUGUAUAUAACUCAUCUGGCGUGUAUUAAUUCAGCGUCCAAUGAAAAGCUUUGUCAUUUUUAUGAUGCCACCGGAGUGUAGUGUUUCUGGGGUCCGACCGGACCUCACUGAUUAUUGUACAAGAACAAAAACACAUUAUUAACUGAUUUUGGUGAAACUGGAUCAAAUUAGAUGGAGAACAAUAUUUCCUUGUUCUCCCUUUGAUGUCCCCCGGUUGCCCUGCCUAUCUGUGAUUUACAUAGUUUGCUGAUGAACAGAUAGUUUUACUUUUUGUUAAAGUAAAGGCUAACUGCUACUAGCUGCUGUUAGUUAGCCCAGUUAGCUGUCAUUUUAGCGGGCUCUGCCUGGACUGGGAGCUCAGAGCACUGGGGGAGUGUUUACCGGUACACUUCUAAUGUUACUCAAGCAAUGGAAGUUUUCAGGCCGGGGGGUUUGUAAAGUUUAUGGCAUACAUUAACGGGAGGUUAUUAUUUGCAGAACUAGAUAAUGUAAAAAUCUCCCAAUAUAAAAAGGGAGCAGCGCUCCAGCUUUCGGACAAAUAAACACCCGUGGUCGAGCUGGAUUCUGCUCUGACAUCUAUGUCGUUUGCUCGCUGGAGGAGUAAUAGUGUUGUUGUUGUGUAGUUGUGUUUUUUCGCGUUAUCGCGUUGUGCAUGAACACUCAAGCAGUUGCCUAGGGAUAAAACCCUCACGAGGAGAGCGUUGCAUGGAUUAAAUUCGCAUUUGGUCUGAAUGCUGCAUUAGGAGCAGCCAUGAGCAGCUGCUGCCAGACUGUCCGUGCUCCGCUGGAGCUUUGAUCGUCACUAGAAACACACUCAUGGCAUCACAGUACGGAGGCUUGAGUUUAGACUCAUUUAUUACAGAUGUGUUCCUUAAGGUCAAGAAUGAAAUAUUGUUUCUCUGAGCUUCAUGCAUAUUUUCUUGUUGUUGUGUUGUAGUUGAACAUAUUUUCCUCCUCUGUGGAAUUUUCAUUUAAUCUUUAUUUUAUAUCUGUAUACACUGUUUUUAUUUUCUUUUGAUUCUACUUUGUGUCAACACAUAUCAAUGAUACUUUUAUUUUCUUGUCUUGACUGUUUUUAACCUUUUUUGUUAUGUAUAUUCAAUUUGAUUCAAAUCUAUUUCUCAGAGAAUUUGAAUAUCGUGGAAAAGUUAAUUUGUUCCUGUAAUUUUAUGUGAAACUUUCAUAUAUUGUAGGUUCAUUACCCAUAAAGUGAAAUAUUUUAGACCUUUUGUUUUAAGCUUGAUUACAGCUAAGAGUUAAUGGAAAUCCAUACUGUAAAAUCCUAGAAUAAAGAAUGUAUAAUAUU